CGUGACUGAGGACGUUACCUUACCUGCUGCCAACCUUCUUCCUUUGGACACACCCUCCCUCUGUUCCAGGAAGCCAACAUGGCUGCGACUGCGGCUGCCUACUUCCCGUCGACCCCCUUCUUCCAGGACCCCAACAAUGCCGGCGUUGAAGCAUUCGACGAGUUCCUCAACCUCGAUGAUGCAGUCUCCAACCCGGUGAUGGUCACUCAACCGACCCCCUCGUCUUCAGUGUCGGCAUCGACAACCGCUGCCAACCUAUGGAGCCCGUCAACCGACAGUAACUCGUACCCCAUGGGCCCGAGCCGCGACUACGAUCACUUCCCCCAGCAGACACCUCUCCCAUCCAAUUACCUCUUUUCUCCUUCGCAAGAUAUCGCUAGCCUGAUCGACAUCAAUGGGUGUCCACCCGACGCGAUGCAAACGGAGGAAUACAUUCAGCCCAGCGCGAUUACUCGGCCUCCCGCCGCUGGCGUGGGUACUCUUCGUCCCGGCGACCAUCAGAAAGCGCUGCUCGCACAGCAACAAGCUCAACAAGCGGCGGCAAUGCAGCGACGGCAGUCUCAACAACAGGCUCAAGCGCAGCUGAUGGAUUCCCACCCUCAGAAUACCCACUUCAAUGGCGUCAACGAUACUGCUGAGCGCACCAUUUCUCGUGUCCUGCAACAGUUUCGUCAGGAGGCCCAGAGCUCCACACAGCCUGCCCCGCGACCUGGAGCACAGGAUACGAACCGUGAGGAAGAUGACCUCGAUAUGGAUGCGGACGAGAAGUUCCUCAAUUCUGAGGAGGGCAAAAAGCUCUCAUCCAAAGAGCGGCGUCAGCUCAGAAACAAGGUGUCUGCCCGCCAUUUCCGCACACGUAGAAAGGCUAUGAUUGAGAGUCUGGAGAACGCCAAGCAAGAGUCGCAGGAGAAGAUCAGGCAACUGGAGAUGGAGAACCAGCAACUCAGAAAAGAGAAUGCGAGCUACCGGGUGCUUCUCGAAGAGCUUAUGAGGCAAGGUAGCCUGAACCCACUGGUUGAGCGCAUGGCAUCGAGUAUGCGCGCCGACGCACCAGCACCUUCGCUCGCCCACCUUCCUCUGCCACCCGUCGCGCAGACCUUACCCUCUUCAGUCGGAUUUACCACUGACAUGAACGCCAUGACAUCUAUGCCAUCUGAUUCGGCCAACUUGUGGGCGACCCGUUUCCCAGGGCAGAACAAUGCGAUCCCACAGCCAUCUUUCGCGAACAUGUCACGGGCUCCGAGCGUGUCUAUGUCCAGCGCCACCACCACCCCCUCACCGUCCAGGAACAUGUCCCUGGAAAACAACGGGCCAUUAUCCACUAUUUCCGAAGGAGUCCAGGAGAAUCCAACCGGUUUGCCCAGAUCCGUUAGCAUGACGCAGCUUGAGUCACAGCAACUGGGCGUGCUCGCAGGCCAAACCGCAGGUCAGGAUCUAUUCAACUGGCACCCGUAUGACGAAGGAGUCUAAUUUCCCCCUUCCCUCAAUCCCACAAUACCGCGUACAGUUCUUGGCCUCGUUGGAAUAACACUCCUGUACGCUUACCUCGCUGCUAUACGAAUCCAAGAUACUAUUCCGUUCUUGUAACUUUCUCUUGUUAUUUUGGGUGUCGCAAAGGCUCAGUGGACAAUCUUGGGCGGCGUACCGCGCGCGUUGGGGUUACAACCUGCUGAAGGAUGUUGAUUUCAACCUCAUAGGAAAGUGUGGGUGAAGCACUUUCGGGGUAUAACUCUCCACAGACUCGGAUCUCUUUCAUAUAGUUGAUGGGCGUUUUGCGGCUCGUGAUCAUCCCGAGGGCGGGAUAUUUUCUUGGGAAUCUGUGCAGUAGUCUAGAACUCGAAGAAUAGUAGAAUUGAUACGAUCGUAUUUCAACCAGAAA